AGCUCCCUUCAGAUGUUUGAAGUCCUGUAGAUGUGGUCAGCAUCCCUGAGAGUGGAGCAGGUUGUACAAGCCAAGCACUGAGAAGAGCGAGUCUUGGACGAGGUUGGCCCAGGGUCCUGGGCUCCAGGAGUGGAUUGCAAACCCACCAGGAAAAUGAGUGAAGAGACAGUCCCCGAGGCUGCCUCCUCGCCGCCGCCCCAGGAAAGGCAGCCUUACUUUGACCGCUUCUCCGAGGAGGACCCUGAGUACAUGCGCCUGCGUAACCGCGCAGCGGACCUGCGGCAGGACUUCAACUUGAUGGAGCAGAAGAAGCGCGUCACCAUGAUCUUGCAGAGUCCUUCUUUCAGGGAGGAGCUGGAAGGCCUCAUCCAAGAGCAGAUGAAGAAGGGAAACAACUCCUCCAACAUCUGGGCCCUGAGGCAGAUCGCGGACUUCAUGGCCAGCACCUCUCACGCAGUCUUCCCAACAUCUUCCAUGAACUUUUCCACGAUUACGCCCAUCAAUGACCUCCAUACGGCUGACUCCCUGAACCUGGCCAAGGGGGAGCGCCUCAUGCGGUGUAAGAUCAGCAGUGUCUACCGACUCCUGGACAUCUAUGGCUGGGCCCAGCUGAGCGACACCUACGUCACGAUGCGGGUCAGCAAGGAGCAGGACCACUUCCUGAUUAGCCCUAAGGGAGUUUCUUGCAACGAAGUCACAGCAUCCAGCCUGAUCAAGGUAAACAUCCUGGGAGAGGUGGUGGAGAAGGGCAGCAGCUGCUUCCCAGUGGACACCACAGGAUUCUGCCUGCACUCAGCCAUCUAUGCAGCCAGGCCCGACGUGCGGUGCAUCAUCCACCUGCACACCCCCGCCACGGCCGCGGUGUCAGUCAUGAAGUGGGGCCUCCUGCCUGUCUCCCACAAUGCCCUGCUGGUGGGGGACAUGGCCUAUUAUGACUUCAAUGGGGAAAUGGAGCAGGAAGUGGAUCGAAUCAACCUGCAGAAGUGCCUUGGACCCACCUGCAAGAUCCUGGUGCUAAGAAACCACGGAGUGGUUGCUCUAGGCGACACCGUAGAGGAGGCGUUUUAUAAGAUCUUCCACCUGCAGGCUGCAUGUGAGAUACAGGUGUCUGCACUGUCCAGUGCCGGGGGAGUGGAGAACCUCAUCCUUCUGGAGCAGGAGAAGCACCGGCCCCACGAGGUGGGCUCUGUGCAGUGGGCAGGGAGUACCUUUGGGCCUAUGCAGAAGAGCCGGCUGGGGGAGCAUGAGUUUGAGGCCCUCAUGAGGAUGCUGGACAACCUGGGUUACAGAACAGGCUACACAUACCGUCACCCCUUUGUUCAAGAGAAGACCAAACACAAAAGCGAGGUGGAGAUCCCCGCCACAGUCACAGCCUUUGUGUUUGAGGAGGACGGCACCCCAGUGCCUGCCCUACGGCAGCAUGCCCAGAAACAGCAGAAGGAGAAGACCCGCUGGCUCAACACCCCCAACACCUACCUGCGGGUCAACGUGGCUGACGAGGUCCAGAGGAGCAUGGGCAGCCCUCGGCCCAAGACUACAUGGAUGAAGGCUGACGAGGUGGAGAAAUCCAGCAGUGGCAUGCCCAUACGGAUCGAAAACCCAAACCAAUUUGUGCCUCUCUAUACCGACCCCCAAGAAGUGCUGGACAUGCGGAACAAGAUUCGAGAACAAAAUCGGCAGGACGUGAAGUCAGCGGGGCCUCAGUCCCAGCUCCUAGCAAGUGUCAUCGCUGAGAAGAGCCGGAGCCCGUCUACAGAGAGCCAGCUGAUGUCCAAGGGCGAUGUGGAUACCAAAGACGAUUCAGAGGAGAUGAUGCCCAACCCCUUCAGCCAACUCACUGACCAGGAGCUGGAGGAGUACAAGAAAGAGGUGGAGAGGAAGAAACUAGAGCUUGAUGGAGAGAAAGAAAUUGCCACAGAAGGGCCAGAGUCACCUGUGAAGUCUGCACCUACUUCUCCUGUGAAGAGUCCAUCAAAGUCAGAGACGAAAAGUCCCAUGGUGUCUCCAUCCACGACUUUGGACGGUGAUAAGAAGACAGAAACAAGCAAAUCCCCCACAGAGCCCGAAAAAACCCAGUCAGAAGAGGUGGUGGUCAACGGAAGGGAGGACGAGCAGACAGCAGAGGAAAUCCUCAGCAAAGGCUUGAGUCAGAUGACCACCAAUGCUGACACCGAUGUCGAUACCUCCAAGGACAAAACUGAGUCUGUCACCAGUGGCCCCAUGUCCCCAGAGGGCUCACCUUCCAAGUCUCCCUCAAAGAAGAAAAAGAAAUUCCGAACCCCAUCCUUCCUGAAAAAGAGCAAAAAGAAGGAGAAAGUGGAGUCCUGAUUCCUGACACUCAUGGGCUCCCAUCUGCAUCCUCUCUUUCCUCUCCCCCCCUUCUCCCAUUUCUGUCCCUGGAAGCACAGGGCCAAGGAGGGGUAAGAUAGCACCCUGGAUCACACUCUGAGGGGAAUCUUAGAGGUGACCUAGCCAACCCCUCAUUUUACAGUUACCCCAGAGAAAUCAAGUGGUAUGUCCAAGGUCACACAGCUGGUUAGUGGCAGAGCCUGCACUAGAAUUCAGGUCUCCUGACUCCCAGUCCAGUGCUCUUUCCACUAUACAACACUGCCUAGUUGUGGGCCAUCUUUGUGAGGAUGUUGCCCAUUCAUCUGAGCCCAGGGCACGAAGGCCAGAAAUGGGUCACAAGCUUUCACAGGCUCAGGCUAAAUCAGAGUGGUUAAGGAUUCUCCUGAGCAAGAUUCACUUUCUUUGAGAGAACCCAAUCUCCAUCUGAUGGAGAGAUCACCGUGUUUAGAAGCCUUUCUCCUCUUUUCUAUUUAGGGUCCUGCCCUGCUGCUCAAAAUAACCAUACAAAUUGACCCCAAUAACAGAAGUUAACCUUUGCUCCCAAGGGCUGAUGGCUUAGCUUGUACUUACCCAACCACUGACCCUGAGCUUUCUUCAUGGAACCUCUUAAGUGACAGGUGGAAAGUUCUAAGAGUUGACAAACAUAAGGGAAGGCCAAGUCAGACUAAGGAUUGGGGAUGGCUUAAUUGAUGUAAAGAUGCCAGGAACUUGACCCAUUCCAGUUGUGCAUCUCAGGCACUUCAAAAUUAAACCAAAUUUAGCAUAGAUUAAAAGUUGUCUAAUGCUUAGGGCAUAAAUUUGGGGAAAUCUGGAUUCUCUGUUGGCUUUGGGUUGUAUAAGGAAGGCCAAAGCAGCAGGAGAAUGCUGCGCCUUUCUAGCUUUGCAUGACACACAGAGCAAUGCAGCUUUCUUUGCUCUUGUCCUACAGUCAGGUGUCCCUGACCUGCCCUUAAACCCACGACCAUUAGCUUACAGACCAGAACUGGUGUCCUCCUGCCUUCAGCACCUGGAUCUUGGCUCCUUUGGGGUUUUGAUCCUCACUUGGGGUCCAGCAGAGAAGAAUCAGAGAUGAGCCCUUCAGGAUUAAUCUCUUUGGACCAGCUAUCAGAGAAAUGCUUGGGUGUCUGUGGCCCUGUCCAUCCUUGGGCCUGGUAACGGCCACAACUUUUGUUUUAAAUGCCAGUGUUAUCUUUUCGUAUUCCUCCAUGGGCACUGAUUAAUAAGCACUGUUACUCCUAAAAAUUAGACAAUCCAUUCUCUUUAAAGCACAGUGUUGUCAAAGAAUAUUUUUCCCCUUUUGUGCUGAGUAAUGUAAAAAUAUUUUUGAAAGCUCUUAAUCAUAGUUUUCCACUUUUUGAACAUUUGCUAGGUAUAAGCACUAUGUGGGCUUUACAUACAUUGUGUCUCUUAGCCCUCCCAAUUAUCCUGUGAGGUGGAUAUAAUCAUUCCCAUUUUAUGGGUGAGAAACUAAGGCCCAAAAGGAUAAUUGACUUGCCCCAGAUGACUUGGCUAGUAAGAGCCAGAGGCUGGAUUUGAACCUAGACCAGACUGAGUCUAGAGCCCUUGCUUUUAACAGCUAUUUAAUCCCCAAGAGUGGUUGUUUUAGUUCAGAACCCAUUUCCAUGACUGGUUUUCACUGCAAAAUAUUAGCGCUUAAUAUGGCGGUAAGAUGCUACCUGUGCUUACCCUCAUUGCUAUAAUGGUAGCACUUAAAAUGGAGGUAAGACACUACCUGUGCCUAUUCCCAUCGCUGCAUGUUAAGUUCCUGAUUAAGUGGGUUGUGGCGAUGCCAGUGUGGCCCUCAGACACAGGAGCGGCAAGAGCCUCUGGCUGGGGCUAG